GAGCGUCCAGGACGACGCGGCUCCGGCUGGCCUCGCCGGACGCUUGGCCCCUAACUCGCGCCGCCCCCCAGUCAACCCAAACUGAAUCAUGCUUUCUUUGAUUUCGAUUUUGCAGAGGCUACGUUUCUGUUCCGGUGGUGUUGUUGCGGUGGUGGUGCCCUUCGAUGGUCGUGCUAUGGUGCUGGUGCCCUCCACGUCGUGUCGUCAGGAUGCUACUGCUGGUGUCCACCACGACUCGCUGCACCCUGGCGUCCACCCCUGGGAAGAUGCUAUGUUGUGGUGUUGUUGCCGUGUUGGUGCCCUUCAAUGGUUGUGCUGUGGUGGUGGUGCCCUCCGUUGGAGCUCCAGCCAGCGUCCAUGUCGCCAGAGAUGCUGCUGCUGGUGUCCACCAUGACCUGCUGCAUUAUGCCGUCAACCCCUCGGAAGGAGAGCAUGAGGAUGAGCACAAGCUGCUGGCUUUGAGGACGGUAUUGUCCAAGGUGUCUUUAUUCAUGGAUGGCAGCUACAUGGAAGAAGGAAUGAGGACAAGUCGAAGCAUUCUUGCUGGUUGA